GAGAAUUGCAAGUUGCAGUCUCGUCCGGCAGGGAAGCUGGUACGCACAUGGGAUAUCACCCUCUCAGCGAUAUGUUGAGCUAUAGACCGCUUUUCGAAGUCACCACCUCAUUCAACUUUGGUUCCACAUGCGCAGUCGGGGAAAAGGCCCUGUGUACUUUUGAAUACCGCUCAUGUAAGGCAAGACCGAGGCUUAUUUGCCGAGCUAACAAUGAGAUUUCGCCGGCAGGCACAAGGGUCAAGUCCAAUAUGGUCAUCCGAUGCAAGGUAAGUUUGCCUACCUUGAGGCUCCCAUCUGUCAACCAUUACGACUGCACCUUGAUCGGCGCUGACUCACUCUGCGGCGAUUCAAGCGGUCGCGCAUUGAUGGUUCGACGAACCAGCGGAUUUCAGCAGCGUUCCAGCGAGAGUGGUUUUGCUGUUCUUGCGGCCGACAUGGAGAUAUCCUGCUGUAGUUAGGGAGCCAGUAGCUCAGCAUCGUCCAAGCGGAAAUCAAUCAUCAGAGCAGAUAUCAACUUCGUCAAUCCAGCAGAAGCGCGAAUAGUAUCACUAUACUUGAGGUCGCUCUUCAUGGGAUCGUACUGGUAUAAUUCGGGCAAGAGGAAGGAAGGUGUUUCGGGGUCCUAGGGCCCCCGUGAAAUAUUUUUGCAAGACCCCAGAAGGUCUCUAGCGGUAGACUUUGCUUCGCCUCUUUCAC